AUGGCGCCGCUGUUCCAGCACAUGCAGUUCUACCUCUCACGGACGCUCUCGGCAACAGACCGAAUAGAGCUCAAGCAGCUCAUUGAACAAGAGGGCGGCACGGUCUCGUCCACUCCUGCGGGCGCAGUUCAACUCGUGGACUGUGAGGCAAUGGACGCGCGCCACCCCGAGCGGAUCUCGACGGCUUUCGUCAAAGACUCGAUCGCGUCUCAAUCGCUGCAGCAAUUGUCCUCGUAUUCUGGCUCCAUCUUUACGACACAGGACACGGAAUGUGCGAGACGCGAGACGCCAUUGGUGCGCAAGCGACAGGGUCGACUCAAGUACACGGUGGAAGACGACGCGAGAAUGCUGCACUUUGCCAAAUUGAGAGGCUGGCGGUCCAUGCAAUCGGUCCCUGAGAGUGCGUGGAGACUUGCUGAGAAUGACCGAGUGACAGCUCACUCUGGCCCGAGUAUGCACGAGCACUUUCGGAAGAAGUUGCAGCGGAAGACGCCCAUGGAGCAGCGGCUGAUUCUGGCCCAAGCAGCGGCGAUGGCACGAUCGCGGAUGCUGGAGAAAGAACCGGCGGUAGCACAAGAAGAAACCAAAGGGUCGCCUCGAACACGAGUGGAUUCUAGUGAGACACCGUUGCGGAACGCCGCGACGACAGAGUCCACGAUGGCGAUACAAGCAUCACAGCAACCUAUGAGCUCUGGGAGUAUCCAGAGUAGAGCUGCAACGCUCGAAACGCCUACUGUGGAGACUCGACGGCAGACGAUCAAAGUGGAAAACUGCAGCCAAAGGGACAAGAGGACGCGAUCUCGGAAGCCAUUUUCUCCGCUGAGAAAUGUUCAGAGGAUUCAAACAGAUACUGGGGCGGCACCAUUUCGAGAUGUGAUGUCUACAGCACCGAUAGACGCAAUCCUGGGUCAAUCUGUUCCAGCUAUGCCAAUAGAGGAGACUUCGGUUGACCAUGCAACCCAAAGAGGACCCGAAAGAAGUGACCAGAGUACAGACAGGAAGCAGGAAAAGCGGAAGCGCGGAACUCCAAGCACUGGGGUCGCUGUCAUCCAUCAUCAAAGUCCAUCGCGUCCCGCCACGGACGCCAGUAGUGCUAGCAGCGUCGAAACCGAGACUCGUAAACAUGACGGAAUCUUUUUCCGCAGUGCCUGGACCGAGCUGGUGCACGACCGGACAAAGAGACGAAUGCUGCAGGAGCUUUUUGAGCCUUGCUCGACACCUUCUUCUGCAGAAAGCCAUGCUAGUAGUACUGGAUCCGCGGUCACCCGGUUGAACACCACUGAUGGGUCAACAACUGACAUUGUGAGAGAAAGAAGCAGUGAAGCUCGCAGUAGAUCACCGCGAAUAGAGACGGUGGAGGAGCAAGCUACGGACGAGGAAGCUGAUCACAUUAUCUGCCAGCUCCAAUUCGAUACACAUCAAGAUAUACAGGCUGUGGUGCACGCCAUCUACUAUUGCAGUGGGGACCCUGAUAUGGCCAGAAGUUUUCUGAAAGGUGCAAUGCCAUUGGGCAUGUGGUCUGCUGAAGACGAUCUCCUACUUACAAAUUUGGUGGCUGAAGAUGUUCUCAGUCGUGUCGCUGUUGACACUGCCGUGACUCGUGGCGAUUUCGCUUCGAUGCGAGUGCCCCGCGACACGGACGCUAUUAUGAAAAGGGUUCAGUUUUUGCGGUGA